CACCGCGCAUAGUUGCGUUCUCUCUCUGGAGCUAGGGUGACCGGAGCGGCGAAGAUUGAGUCGGAUCGGAAGAGAAAGAAGGCGUCCACCGCAGCGGCGGAUCGGUCGGAGAAGGAAAACAGGAAGAAGAAGGUGAAGAUGUCGUCGUCAAAAGUUGGCGGUGAGAUUAGGGCUUCGCACAUACUAAUAAAGCACGAAGGUUCUAGAAGGAAGGCGUCGUGGAAGGAUCCAGAAGGACGCAUAAUCAAGAACACCACAAGAGAAGCUGCGGUUUCUCAGCUCAAGGCCCUUCGCGAUGACAUCGUCUCGGGCAAGGCAACCUUCGAGGACGUCGCGUCUCGAUUCUCCGAUUGCGGCUCCGCCAAGCGCGGCGGCGAUCUUGGUCCUUUCGGUCGUGGUCAGAUGCAGAAGCCUUUUGAAGAGGCAACCCUUGCUCUUAAAGUUGGUGAACUUAGUGACAUUGUGGAUACCGACAGUGGAGUCCACAUUAUUAAGAGGACGAAAUGAUUACACGGAGUUAUCUCCUAUUAACAUCUGUAGAAGAUAUCCAGGAUUCUUGUUGAGGUCAAGAUCUGCUGAUAUAAGUAUAUCAGGUUUCAGACAUGGUCGCCCCAUGUAUUUGGACGAUAUAUUGCUUUCAUGACAAUUAAAAUCGUGUGGUAUGCUUGUAAUUUUGAAUAACAUUUAUACGUUUUGGAUUCUGUUGCCAUCCGAAUGUCCUUAUAUUAAAGGAGAAACAUGUGAUCCUUCA